AUGGUGGUACUUCCUGGCUUUGUCGAUGCACACACACAUCCGGUCUGGAGUGGCAAUCGCGUUAACGAGUUUGCAAUGAAAUUGGCUAGUGCCACGUACAUGGAGUUUUGUUUACGAUUGGAUCGCAUGCUGCGUUGCGGUGCCACGUUGAUUGAGGCCAAGAGUGGCUACGGACUUGAGACCGACACGGAGCUUAAGAUGCUGCGUGUGCUGCAUGCUGCAUCGACAGGCGAUAACGCGCACCCUGUGGAAAUUGUUUCCAGCUACCUUGGUGGCCACUCGGUUCCUGAUGGCAUGAUAGUUGCUGAAGUUACGAAGGAUAUCGUGAGCAGACAGAUCCCGACGGUUUUGCAGGCCAAGAAAGAUGGCACGAUAUCGCCCGAGUUUAUUGACGUAUUUUGUGAAAAAGGUGUUUUCGAGCACGAUGAUACCCACCGCAUUUUAGGUGCUGGCAAGCAAGCUGGACUAGAAAUCAACUUUCACGGAGACGAGAUGCAUCCCAUGCAAUCCGGUGCCAUUGCCGCCGCUCUGGGUAGAGAUUACAACCCGAACGCGCACUGUCUUUCGAUGGCUUUGACAAUGAACAUGGCCUGCGUUCUGUUUGGCAUGACCAUGACGGAAGCACUUGUGGGUGCCACUAUUAAUGCAGCGGCUUCCAUUAACCGCUCAGAUACUCACGGCAGCCUGGAAGUUGGCAAGCAAGGUGACUUGGUAGUAAUGCGUGCGACUCAGUGGGAGCAGAUCAUUUACGAAAUGGGUGACCCUCCUAUUCAGCACGUAGUGAUAAAAGGAACUGUUUACAUUGUCAAGUAG